AUGGCGAAUUAUAAAGAACCAUUCAAAGGUGGACAUGAAGGAAUUAAAGACGAGAGAAUACUUGAAGAAACUGUUAUUAAAAUGGAGAAUGAACGAAUUAAACUUGAACAACAAUUAAAUACUGAAUUAAUUAUUAAAGAUGAAAUAUUUAAUGAAAAUGAUUUAGAAUUUCAUAAUAGUGAAAAUGAAGAAACAUCUUUGACAUGUGAAGUGUGUGAUAAAACUUUUAAUAAAAAACACCAUUUAACUAGCCAUAAACGAACUCAUACUGAUAAAAAACGUUUUUCAUGUGAAGUGUGUGAUAAAUCAUUUAAUAGAAAAAUCUAUUUAAUUCAUCAUGAACGAAUUCAUACAGGUGAAAAACCUUAUUCAUGUGAAAUGUGUGAUAAAAAAUUUACACAGACCAGUAAUUUAAUUCAACAUAAACGAACUCAUACAGGUGAAAUACCAUUUUCAUGUGACAUGUGUGAUAAAACAUUUAAUUAUAAAGGCAACUUAGUUAAACAUAAACGAACUCAUACAGGUGAAAAACGUUUUUCAUGUGACAUGUGUGAUAAAACAUUUACACAGAUCAGUCAUUUAAUUCAACAUAAACGAACUCAUACAGGUGAAAAACCUUUUUCAUGUGACAUGUGUGAUAAAACAUUUACGUGCAAUUCUAGAUUAAUUCAUCAUAAACGAAUUCAUACAGGUGAAAAACCUUUUUCAUGUGACAUGUGUGAUAAAACAUUUAAUUAUAAAGGCAACUUAGUUAAACAUAAACGAACUCAUACAGGUGAAAAACCUUAUUCAUGUGAAAUAUGUGAUAAAACAUUUACGCAUAACGGUACUUUAACUACCCAUAAACGAAUUCAUACUGGGGAAAAACCUUAUUCAUGUGAAAUGUGUGAUAAAACACUUACACAGACCAGUAAUUUAAUUCAACAUAAACGAAUUCAUACAGGGGAAAAACCUUCCCCUGUAAUCCCGUUUUCUUGUGAUGUUUGUAGUAGAAAUUUUAAUAAAAAAUGUAAUUUAAUUCUACAUAAACGUAUUCAUAGCAGGGAAAAACUUAAGAAAAACAUAUACGAAUAA